CUGACUAAAUCUUCAGGAGUCUUUCCUUGUUCUAGAGUGUUUUAUUUUCUGUGUUUAGCUUAGUAUGAUUGCCAAGGAAUCGCUCAUCAGAACCAGAUUAUACUUUUUUAGGUUUCCAGCCUAUCCUGCUCUUUAAUGUUGAAAUCUGGAUAUGGGCAUUGGGCACAAGAAGCCCUAUAUGCUUUACAAAGUUAAGAAUUCCAAAAGAUCCCUCCCCAUUCCGUAUCAUUCAAGAAAAGAAUUUAUCAAAACUGGAACAAAACCAAAAGGAGAGGAAGUUUGGUAGUACCAUAAAUAAACUUGCCUCUUGUCUUGAACAUCACCAUCAGGAGAGAGCUACUACCUGUGCCUUGGAUUCUCUGCCCUGCUCUUAAGACUCAUCAAGUAUGCAAGGAAUUGCUCGAGUUGUACGGUCACACCGCCAUACACUUCAGAAUGCAAUUCUAAAGCAUGCAAAUGUGCAGUGUACAGCUUUUGGAUCUAAUGUAUUUUCACGCUGUGAAUGCAUUAUAUCUUCUCCUACCUUGCAACAAAAAGGUAUAGAGAAUACAACAGUAGCAGAAGUUCUUACAACAAAAGGAGAAGAAAAGAAUGACUCUGUGCUUUGGUGCCGUACUGAUGACACUGUUUAUGACGCCGUGAAGAAGAUGGCAGAUAAUAAUGUUGGAUCCUUAGUGGUUCUAAGGCCGGGGGAGCAAAAACUGAUUGCAGGAAUAAUUACAGAGAGAGAUUACCUGAAGAAGAUAAUUGCACAAGGAAGAUCGUCCAAAUACACAAGGGUUGCAGAAAUAAUGACUAAUGAGAGUAAGUUGAUUACAGUGUCCUCUGAUACAAACAUUCUCCAAGCGAUGCAAUUGAUGACAGAUAAUCAUAUAAGGCACGUACCCAUCAUAGAUGGAAAGAUAGUGGGCAUGAUUUCCAUCGUAGAUGUUGUUCGGGCAGUGGUAGAGCAGCAAAAUCAAGAGGUGAAGCGUCUGAAUGAGUUCAUCAAAGGAGAUUACUAUUAGCACUUACACAUCUCUCUGUAAUUCAAGCUUUGGUUUCAAUGGCUAGACAUUUAUAAUCCAAAAUAACAAACUCAAUCUACAUCAUGCAUGCAA